GGAAGUUUGACCCGGAAACGAAAUCAAAUUCUUCCGAGGAAGUGAAUUCUUGUUGUGUUCAUCAGCUAUCGUCAGAAGAGUUGGUGUAGCAUCUUGUGAAAAUUUAGAAAUGAGUGCACAAGUAAAGUAAGAAGUACAAGAAGAGUCAUCGGUUUGCGUUAGCCAUCGACAUGCGUGUGGACCUGCACGCGCAGCUGGCUGCCGUCAUGGAGGCGUUCGUGCACGCCGCUGUGGCCGAGCUCCACAAGCAGCAAGAAGGCGGACCGCCGGUCGACCAACUUCUGCGUGCGGACAGCGUACGCAAAGAGAGUCGUGAGAGGCUGGUGUGCUUUGCCGCCAUCUUGGAGACACUGGCAAAGGAGGCUUUGGGGAAGAUCGUCAACAUCGUGGAUGACGUCAAACCAGGACGGGACGGUGAGGGAGCGCACGGCGGCGGGACAGCACAGAUCGCCAUUGUCAGCGUCCUCAACAACACCUGUGUGGAGGCGGAGCACUCAUACGGCGUCCCUCCCCCGAAUCGCCACCCUCCCGCUCUGGCUCAGGACCAAGGACUGGACGCAACGCUUCCUGCAAGCCGGAACGAGUUGGCGACCGACGGCACCACGCAGAAGCCUGAGGUGCGAGUACCCCGCAGGAAGUCCUUGUCAUCCCCGAGCCAAUCGGCCCGGCGCCGCCAACUGGGACAGGAGAGCGCUGACGUGAAGCCGUUCGCCUGUGAGGUCUGUGGCCGUUGCUUCACCCUAAGACAAAACCUGCGGCGGCACACCCGCGGCCACAUGGGCAUCAAGAAGUUUUGCUGCGGUGUGUGCGGGAAAGGCUUCACACGCGCCGUGGCGCUCCGGACCCACGAGCUGAUCCACACGGGCCAGAAGCCCCUCAAGUGCGAGCAGUGCCCCAAAAGCUUCCGGCAUGCCGCCAACCUGAAGAACCACCUGCGCGUCCACAGCGGCGCGCGGCCCUUCACCUGCGACGUCUGCGGCAAGACUUUCCGCCAGGCGGUCAAUCUGAAGAUCCACCGCCGCGUGCACACCGGCGAGCGUCCGUACGCGUGCCGCCAAUGCGGCAAGACCUUCAGCCAGCAGAGCAGCCUCAUCACGCACGGCCGAACGCACUCUGACGAACGGCCGUUCGUCUGCACGUCCUGCCUCAAGACCUUCAACAACGCCAACAGCCUAAAGCUGCACGUGCGCGUGCACACGGGCGAGCGGCCGUACACCUGCGACAUCUGCGCCAAGACUUUUACCCAGGGAAGCCAUCUGCGCACGCACAAGACUCACGUGCACGACGGCGGCAAACGCUUCAUCUGCGACAAGUGUGGAAAGGGCUACGCCAACGGGCGAAACCUCAAAACGCACAAGUGCGGCUACAGCUAGCGCACGGCGAACGCUGCCUGCUCGUGUCACGUCCUCGCUUUUCUUGAAUAAAAUCUUGGAUUGCGCCAAA